UAAUAAAAUAGAAUAGGUAUAACAAUACAGUUGACCUGUGCAGUCGAAAAUUUACGUAUAACUUAAGUCUGCCCUCUGCAUCUUCGGAUUCCCAACCCCAAAUUGAAAAUGCUGUUUUUGAUCUGUGGCUGGUUGAAUUGGCAAAUGGAGGGAUACAGAGGGCCAAGCAUAUAUUUAUUGGAAUGAAUCUGUGCAUAAGUGGAUCCAUGCAGUUCAAACCUAUGUUGAAGAAUCAACUGUGUGCUGUGAUAAAAAUUAGGUGAAUGUGUUGUCUCUCUCUCCAAUUAGCUUAUUGUACUCCACUCACCUUUUCACUUAAGGAAGCACUUCACAACUUCUCGUUGCCAUGUUCGAAUCGCCAGCCCUGUUCUUGCACUUUGGGGCCAUCAUUAGGAAUAUUAAUGCAAAAGUGCCGUACUAAGGAAAUGAAAAACCUGGGCAAAUACUAUAUUGCUGCAUCCUAUGUAAAGUUUCUGGAGUCUGCAGGUGCAAGAGUUGUACCAGUAAGGCUUAAUCUUACAAAGGAAGAAUUUGUCAAGCUUUUCCAGUCUAUUAAUGGGGUCCUUUUCCCCGGGGGAAGCGUUAACCUCAGGAAGUCAGGCUAUGCCCACACGGCCAAAAGGUUUUACAGCUUUGCCAAACAGAGUUUUGAUGGUGGAGACUAUUUUCCUGUGUGGGGCACAUGCCUUGGAUUUGAAGAGCUUUCGUAUCUGAUUAGUGGAGAGUACUUAUUAACUCCCACAAACACUGUUGGAAUUGCAAUGCCGCUGAACUUCACUGAAGAUAUAUUGCAGAGCAGAAUGUUCCGGAAUUUUCCUGCUGACUUGUUGCUGUCCUUAGCAGUAGAGCCCCUGACUGCAAAUUUCCACAGGUGGAGCCUCUCCAAGACGGAUUUUAUGAUGAAUGAAAAAUUAAAGGCGUUUUUCAGUAUAUUAACUACAAAUAAUGAUGGCAAGGUUGAGUUUGUUUCAACAAUGGAAGGACACAAGUAUCCAAUAUAUGGUGUCCAGUGGCAUCCAGAGAAAUCUCCUUAUGAGUGGAAGAUGUUAAAGGGCAUUUCCCAUGUACCUAACGCUGUGAAGACUGCAUUUUAUUUAGCAGAGUUCUUUGUUUCUGAAGCUCGGAAAAACGGUCAUCAUUUUGAAUCUGAUGUUGAAGAGAAUGAAGCACUGAUUUAUCAGUUCCAUCCUGUUUACACUGGAAAUAUUUCUUCAUUUCAGCAAAGCUAUAUAUUUAAUUGAAAGCCUUUCAUAUGUUAACAGAAAAUCUGAAUAAUGCCAUAUGAAAUUGUUGUAAUUACUUGAUAGUAAUGGCAAUGAUGGAAAGCCCAGAGGUUUCUUUUCUAUGAUGUUACUGGCCCUGAAUCUUCAUUCAGUAUAUUUGACUACUUUAUCACUUUUGAUAAUUAAUCAGUGAGGCGGAUAAGUAAUCAUAAUGUAUUUCAUGUAAAGGAUUACUUUUAUGUCAAGAUUAGAAAAAUGAAUUUAUUGAAAAUAUAAAUAAUUUUUUUGAUUGAUUCUAGAAAUAAAUACCACCCCCUAC